GCCCGUCCCGCUGUUCACUGCUCAGUCUGCCUUGCCUUGCUGGGGUUGAGGGGUUUAGACUCUAGGGUUUUGGUUCGCGCCGAGCUUGCUUCUGAAUCGCUCGUUUGUUUAUCAUCCAAUGGCGAUGAUAGAUGUCAAGCUGGGCCCAGUCUGCUUAUUAUUUUACUUUGUGAUAGGCACUUGAGUCCACCAUUUGUUGGCCUAUGUAUCGACUCCUCCGCUUUGUUGGCCUAUUUAUUUCGUCGCUGGUGCCGUGCGCCCUGGACAAGCGCUGCAACCAUCGAGCUGGUAUCGAGAUUUCUCGUGCGCCCUGAAGUGACAGCGGUUUUGUACCCAAAAAAAAAAAAGAGUGACAGCGGUAAUCUUCCAGCAGCUUUAUGGCAGAGGAAGGGGAUGAUAUCUCUGCCCUGCUUUCUGAACCCAGUGGAUCUGAUGAGGUGAUUGAGCUCUCUGAUGCCAUCUCUACGAUGCUUUCUCUAUCCACUAAAUCGGAUGACAAGGCAGAGGAGCUCUCACCGGAGGAGGCUGCUUGGGUGGACUCCUGUCUGGUAUCCAAUCCGGAACUCUCGGAUGAUAAAUGGAGUGAACUGAGAGAUGCGCUGCUUGACACCCUAAGUGCUUAUCCGACAUCUUAUGAGACCCCCUCUGCUGCCAAUGUCGAUGGAACACCAGAUGAGCUGAAAGAGAGCAAGGAUGAAUGCGCUUAUACAGGUGAGGAGGCAGAACCAACGUUGAUUCAUGUCAAAGGGCAUCACUUGGCUGGAGAUAUACAGAGAGAUGGGGCUGCAGAUGUGGAAGCUUCAGUGGAUUUUCAAGAGAAUAUCGAGUCUCGGGAGAAUAUUUUCAAGGUCUGGGAUCUCAAGACACAGUCUCCAGAUGAGGAGGAUGAUGAUGAGCUCAUCAAACAGCUGAAGAAACUUCUCACAGGAGGCAGCCUGCAGGAUCUGUCACAACCUCUAGAUGAUCCCAGCACAGCUCUGAGCCAAGAAAAGGUUGAUGAACUUGUUGCCAGCAUGGAUGAUUUGUCACUUGAGACAUGCAAUGAAUCGAAGGUAUGAGGUUUUGUUGGACCUUUACCUGUGUCUUAAAAUGGGUGCAGAUUUGGUUGGUUUGUUUUUAAAUGACGUGGGAGGCUUCUAGUGUCUUAUUAGAGUUGGCGCCUUAAUGUCUUCGGUCCUUGCUUGUAUAUGCCCUCGCCACUGCUUUCUGAUUUUAAAAUCCUGGACAUUAAGGAGGUUCGUCGUCCUUUAACCGUUGAGUGUAUAUGAAAUGUUCCCUCGUGCAUCCGAAUCACCACAUGAAGUCUUGUACAGUUGUACCCGAGACCCGUGCUGUCUGGAUUCUCAUGCAUACAUAGCUCACCGCUAGGGGCAGUCCUUGAAGCAUCAAGAGUCAAGACUGGCUGAAGGCUUCAAGACGUACGCACCCCUUCUUGUCCUCAUACUCGACAUUCUUGGCCCGAAUUAAAGCUCCGGUGUUUGCUGUCCCAAGAUUUAAGUUGAUACCCAUUAUAAGUAGCGAUACACCAGUGCCGCUCCAAUUUUCCUGGCUGGAUGCUCUUUUUGUCCCCAUCAAUCAAACUCAAGAGAUAUGCAUCAAGUCCUGCGCUUGAGGUGUGGAUCAUGAAACCUUGAUCGAAUCUCUGAGAAUACUGGAUAUUUGCAUUAAUGUCCCCAUCUGCAGGCCAUUCCUUUCACCAACAAUGCAAUCAGUGUGUGUGUGUGUGGCAAUGGGUGGGCUUAUGCCAUGUUGAGUGUGUGUGGCAAUGGGUGGGCUUAUGCAAUGUGGGAUGCUCUGAGGGUCCUAGUGGUAUAAAUCAACCCUUCCCAUAUGCAGCACAACUUAACCAUGGAAAUGGUUAUAUCAAAUAUCCAAAUGCUACCUGCCGUAUGGAGAGAGCAUUUAUGGCUUCUAAUGACAUAUCAACGGCUCUCCUAUCCGUCA